AUGGAAAACCGUUGUGGAGAACGCUCAAUCAUUAACCCUAUACCUAAACCGGGUCAAACGAAAGAAGAAAAACAAGUUGAGGAAGAGGCCAGAUUGCUAGCGAGGAAGCUCUCAAAUGCAGCCGCCUUCCCCAUGGUUCUCAAGGCCGCCUUGGAGCUCGGUGUCAUCGACACCAUCGCCACUGCUGGCGUCGGUUUAUGGCUCUCACCUUCUGAGAUAGCACUAAGACUCCCAAACAAACCGAGUAAUCCCCAGGCUCCGGUUUUGCUAGACCGGAUGCUACGUUUACUCGCUAGCUAUUCCGUCCUAAAAUAUCGAACUGUUGCUAUAGAGGAGAACGGUCAAGCCGGACAAAUGGGGAGCGUAUAUGCAGCCGAACCGGUCUGUAAGUUUCUCUUGAGCAACGUUGGCGGCUCAGGUUCAUUCGCAUCUUUGAUCAUGUUGAACCUUAGCGACGUCAACAUCAAGACUUGGAGACAGCUAAAGGAUGUAAUACUAGACGGAAGUGAUGCAUUCAGCUCUGCUCAUGGCAUCAAACUAUUCGAAUACUUGCAGGCGGAUGAACCAUAUCGUAAAAUGUUUAGCCAGGCUAUGUCGGAAUCUUCCCUCAUGGUUAUGGAGAAGUUUCUAGAACUUUAUGAAGGAUUCAAAGAUGUGAAGACUUUGGUGGAUGUAGGGGGAGGACUUGGUAACACACUAGGUCUCAUCACUUCCAAGUACCCUCAUAUAAUGGGUAUUAAUUUUGAUCUAGAUCCGGUUUUAGCCCAUGCUCCUCCUUAUCUCGGUGUUAAGCAUGAAGCGGGAGAUAUGUUUAUAGAGAUUCCAAAAGGAGAUGCAAUUUUCAUGAAAUGGAUUUUGCAUGAUUGGACGGACGAACAAUGCGUACAGAUUCUUAAAAACAGCUGGAAUAGUCUCCCCGAAAAUGGAAAACUCAUAAUAGUGGAAAUGGUUACACCAGGUGAAGAUAAAAUGAGAGAUAUAUGUUCUAAUAUUGUGUUCAGCAUGGACAUGACAAUGUUAACACUAUUGGAUGGUAAGGAAAGAUCUCUCGCAGAGUUUGAAAAUUUAGCAUAUGCAUCAGGUUUUUCACGUUGUGAAAUCGUAUGUCCAGUUUAUCCCUUCUCCGUCAUCGAAAUCUACAAAUGA